AUGGUUUACACUGCCGAACAAGUCAAGGCCAAGCAGUUGGAGCACAACAAUGCCCGGGCCAACGUCACCCCCAUGUACGCGCAACUCAAGGCCGUCUUCGACUAA